GUUUUUGCAACCGACGAGAAAGUCGAGAGAAAACGAAAUGUUGAAGUGCAGCCUUUGGUGGGGUGGCAUUGGCAAGGUGUUCCCCUACGCCAACGCCAGGCCGGCAAUAACCGUCCCUCCGAAUCGGAUCAGUGGGGCUUUGAAAAAUUUCUCGAUCAGUAGAGCUUUGAAGUUGAAUCCAACCCAAAAACAACAACAAACCGUCUUCCUCUUCGCUUGUCGGAGAAAUUGUUCAGUUACUGCAAUGGAAGAAGAGGCAUCAACCAAACACCACAACUCCUCCUCCCUCUACGGUUUUCUCUCCAAGAAGCCGUACGAUCCCCCCUCAUGGGCCUCCCAUCUCAACCCUAUUCCCUCUCACAUCUUCUCCCUCGGACACGUUCCUACUCCGAUUCACAAAUGGAACCUUCCCAAUUUGCCCAACAACACCGAAGUUUGGUUGAAGCGUGAUGACCUUUCAGGGAUGCAAUUGAGUGGUAACAAGGUCAGGAAACUGGAAUUCUUGCUUGCAGAAGCUGUGGCUCAGGGGGCAGACUGUAUUAUUACAAUUGGAGGCAUCCAAAGCAAUCAUGCCCGGGCAACUGCUGUAGCUGCUAAAUACUUGGAUCUAGAUUGUUACCUAAUAUUACGCACCUCAAAGGUUCUUGUGGACAAAGAUCCUGGAUUGACAGGCAAUCUCUUAGUUGAGCGUUUGGUUGGGGCCCAUAUUGAUCUCGUUUCGAAAGAAGAAUAUGCAAAAACUGGUAGCUUGGCUCUUACAAAUUUGCUGAAAGAAAAGUUGAUAAGCGAAAGGAGAAAACCAUAUGUCAUCCCUGUUGGUGGAUCAAAUUCCCUUGGAACCUGGGGAUACAUUGAAGCAGUUAGGGAAAUUGAGCAGCAGCUCCAGACUGGGAAUGGCAAAGCAGAGUUUGAUGACAUUGUUGUAGCGUGUGGCAGUGGGGGUACAACUGCUGGUUUGGCAAUUGGAUCAUGGCUGAGUGAAUUGAAGGCAAAAGUUCAUGCAUUUUCUGUAUGUGAUGACCCUGAUUACUUCUAUGAGUAUGUUCAAGGCCUACUUGAUGGACUCCAGGCAGGUGUUAGCUCGCGCAAUAUAGUGGACAUUAAAAAUGCAAAAGGUCUCGGUUAUGCAAUGAACACCCCUGAGGAACUUAAAUUUGUCAAGGAAGUCGCUCAGACAACUGGGGUUGUUCUUGACCCUGUUUACAGAAUUCAGGGUUAGCAUAGAGAUGAUCAUCUGACAUGGAGAGGGUUUAAGGAGGAAAUUGAUCCACAUGAUCUUAAAUGUUUCAUACCAGAUAUUUUAGACAAAUCCGGAGCACACAUUGCUUAAGAGAGGAUCACGCCAUCGGAAGGUACCACUCAAUAUCAAGAAAGUAGUGAUGAUUACCUUAAUCCUUAGGAGCAAAUGCAGAACCCAAGGAGGUAACAAUGCUGUCAAUAAGAUUGGAAUUGCUUCCUGUGACAGGAAGAUCAUCCACAUGUACUAAAAUCUUCACUAGAUCAGAGCUCUUUUUAAGCAUGGAAAGGGAAGAAUCUGCAAGACUAUUUGAUGUAGCGCAGCCUCCUUUUACGAAACUAUUUGCAAGAAGAGAUCACGAACUUGCUUAUGUUAAAGAUUCUCUCUUUGAAACAUAAACACAAAUAGAUAUGAACUAGAGGUACUCCCUCUUCGAACACACGAUAAUGAGAAAACUCUCAAUUUUCAUUAAUUCAAUAAACAACUCCCUCAAUCCUAAGGCUUACAACUUAAUUUAUAAUAAACUAGAACUACUAAAAAGGAAAUCUAAAUAAGGGAAAACUAAAUCUACGUCUUAGAGAGCAAGAAAACAAUAAAGAGGAAAUAGAAUCAACCUAAUUAAGAAAACCCAAUAUCCUAGGCAAUUUAUGCUAAAACGGAAAGAUUCCUAGUAAAAUACUAAUUGCAAAAUAAUAAACUAAAAUUCCUAUAUUUCUUAAAAAAUUAAAAUAUCGGCCUGCAUCAUUCUCCCCGUCUUGAAGAAACUCGUCCUCGAGUUUAUAAAGUUGGAUUCAUCGUAAUUUGUCCGCAUCAAUCUUGUACCUCAAAUUAAUUUUUUCAAACUUGGCUUCAAAUAAAAAAUCUUGAUCAUUAAUGAAAGGGACAAUUUGCUGUUUUAAAAACGAAAUCCACAACCUCCUACUUCCUUUGUCUUCAAUAAAUUUCUAAAAAGGAUCUAAAAAUUCAAUUUUCAACGCCAACAUCGUAACAACUUUUUUUUGCAAUAUUUUGUUAUUUUCUCCAUUUGUAAUUUUCUCCACCGGUUCUUCAUAAAAAACUGGCGGUUUACUCCAAUCCACUACUGGAUCUGGAAUAAUAUUUGCUAUUAAUGGUCACUCAAUAGUAGCUUCAUUCACCAUUGUCCUCCCCCUCGUCUGAUGAUUAUUAGCCAAAGGUUUGGUGAUAGAAACAUCAUCAGACACCUCCUCCUCUUUCGGAAACCAAGGUUGAACUGGACGAUGGCGAGGUGGGAUUGCAACUUCAAAAGCCUCCAUGCAUUGGGUAAGCAACCCAAUCGCCGCCAAGACUUGCUGCAACCUUUCCUCCAUUCGAGCAUCUCGAGCAACCUCAUCUCGCUUAUAGACUUCAUCAACACUAGUUGUAUGACCUCCUCUUCCACCUCGACCUCCAGCACGUCCUCCGGCCAUAGUCAGGAUUGGAACGAGAGCUCUGAUAUCAACUGAUGCAGCGCAGCCUCCUUUUACGAAACUAUUUGCAAGAAGAGAUCACGAACUUGCUUAUAUUAAAGAUUCUCUCUUUGAAACAUAAACACAAAUGGGUAUGAACUAGAGGUACUCCCUCUUUGAACACACGAUAAUGAGAAAACUCUCAAUUUUUCUUUAAUUCAAUAACAACUCCCUCAGUCCUAAGGCUUACAACCAAUGUUCUAAAAGGCGGAAUUAAUCGUCGAUUAAUCGGAAA